GUAAUUUUGCUUGGCUGAUAUUUAUCACAGAAGUACAAAAAUGCUUCCUGGAUCAUUGCAAUUAGAGGAACUCAUAUUCAUACUUCUAAUCAGCACUGUAAAUGGGGAAGACCAUGCCGUUAAGGAGGAUGAACCCUGCAGAACAGCUUGUAAUGUGGAUUACCAGCAUGCAGUGAGGCACACUUUCAGGUACAGCACAACUGCGAGCACAAGUCUGCAAACUCACUCUAACAUGGGCAGUCAGUUGUCUAUGGACUGUGUGGUGGACAUCGAUGUGUUUCCAAACUGUCCAAUGAUGAUAAUGAAGCUCAGGAAUCCGCAGAUGAAACGCAGUUCGUCACAGAGAGAAAACACAGUGCUCCGGCUCAAGAGUGUGAGGGAGCUGCUGGAGAAGAACCCCCUGUGGUUCUCACUUCAGGAAGGAAAGGUCACCACUCUGUGUCCGCAGGAGGGAGAGCAGGUGUGGGCGCUCAACAUCAAGAGAGCCAUACUGAGCAUGCUCCAGACCUCCCACUCCGUGGGGACCCGGAUGAUGGUGGAGGAGGAAGAUAUAUAUGGCACUUGUAUGAGCCGCUAUGAGAGGAGGGGGAAUGUAGUGCUGAAGGCUCGGAGCCUCCAGCAGUGUCAUCAUAGGAGGGUUUCUGAGUUCUGGCAGCACUCUGUGGCACUAAAAGAAAACAACGUGCUUUCCAUGAAACAUGAGUGUGUUCAACAUUUGGGGAAAAAUACAAUGGAGAAAGUGAACUGCACAGAGACAGUUUCCUUGUUAGCAUCAUCCGGACUGUCUGGUGUCGUGCAGACGAAAACUGUGUCAGUUCUCAUUCUGCUGAGGAGCCUGGACAACAUACCUCUGAGUUUUGACAAACGUAGGUCCAGAUAUCUGACUGACCUUAAAUUUGAGGAAGCCCUGGAUGACCCAGUGAAAGUACAAAAGUCUGCAUUACAGGAGGUCAUUGCUACUGUUCGAGGGCUGUGCACCCAUAUGACUGACCAGCAACAGCAGUCAGACCAGUUCAUUGAUCUGGUGGUACAGUUGAGGGCUCUGUCCCUGCAACAGCUGAGAGAAGUCUGGCAGGAAUCUUCCUUUAAGUGUCGUGAUGACUGGCAACCUCUGAUGGAUGGCCUCAUUACGUGUGGCUCAGAGGGCUGUGUGCGUCUACUGUCUGAACUCCUCUCGUCCAAAGAGAUCGAGCAGGAUCGGUCAUCUUCAAUUUUCAGUGCCUUUGCCUUUGCUCACCAUCCCUCUCCUGCGAUGAUUGGCUCUAUCAAUACUUUGCUGCAGGACACAGUCUCCCAACCCAAACUGCUCCUGGCUGGGUCUGCUCUGAUCCACCGCCUGUGUCAGGUCCAGCAGGCUCCGUGCAGCCAGAUCCCUGAAGUCCAGGAAUAUGUGCGAACCCUGAAGAACAGCCUAGAGGAGGCCCGCAGAGCUGAAGACUCCUCCAGAAUGCUUCUGAUAAUGAAAGCUGUGGGGAACUCUGGCCAGGCAGACCUCAUCCCUCAACUGAACGAUUGCAUUUUGAACCACUCAUCCCCUCUGGAGUUGCGCCUAGCUGCCACCCAAGCCUUCAGACGCAUCCCUUGCAAUGCUAAUAGGAAAGUGUUGGCGUUGGCAUACCAGUCGUCCCAGGAGGACGUGGAGGUCAGGAUAGCAGCUUAUCAGCAGCUCAUGCGCUGUGCCAACCAAGAGAUCUUUGGAGUAAUAAGAUCCACCCUUGAGAGAGAGGCAUCUAGCCAAGAAAACUGA